AGGGACACAAUACAUUGCGGAUCAGUUUAAGUCUUGUGAUUCUUGCGAACAUGACGAUGUUCAAACUUCAAUAUCUUAUCAUUCUCAGCGUCUGUUUAUAUUCGAGGUUUUCUUAUGGCUUUCCUUACGAACUGCUAUACAAUGGGGCUAAAAUAGUUACAUAUGGCGAGCCAUGUUAUCCAACACGUUAUCUGUCUGGCAAAGUAGAGGAACCCAUUCUACCCAUGGCAACGGAAUCCACUUUAUCUAAAGUUUACCAGCCACUUAAAUUGAACUAUCGAGUUAUCUCUACCGAACCAGUUUCCUGUCCACUGCAAAGAGAAUAUCCAAUCUCCGUCGAGAUUCCUCAAAUUCCGCAGCCUCUCACAAUAGUCACGCCAGAUAUUUUUCGAGGAAAAUCUUAUGAAUACAAUAUUCAAGUUCCAUCAUUUUCACCCAUGCCAAUAUCGAGAAAUUACAAUUUUGACGUUCAGGUUCCACUUCCACCAUCCACAACAAUACCAAAAUAUACAAAUUAUAAAUUUUUAACAAACCUCACCAGCAAAGUCGAUAAAAUUUUAAUUCCUGCUUGCGAAGUGCCAUCUUCCAACUACAAGACCUGUGUGUGAAAUGACAAGUUACGUCCAAUAAAGUGUGUGCGUCUUACUCAUUCACAAAUUAUUAUGUACAUAAUAUUUAUUUAGGAAAUAAAUAAGAUUAAAAACAAA